AUGUCCACAUUCUCUGCACCCAUGGUCCCCACCGUUUCUGCUGGUCCAGAAACCAACACCCGCAGAAAGAGAUCUUUCGACGACCUCCUGCUUCCCUCGCUGGGCUUCGACUCUUCUCAUGUUUACAACCACGAGAGCGCCUACCUGUUUCAACCGGUCGCGCUUGACCGCCAUAACAAGCGCGCGCGCACAGCGCCUGCGUCUCCCACCGGCGUGGGUUCAUUAACUCCCCACACGUCUCCCCUUCUUAAUAAGGGCACCAUCAACCCGAUUUCGCUCCCUCCUGUCCCUUCCGUCCUCAACCUUGCUCAGAGCGGUGCCCCCACCACGUUGCGCGAAAGCUUGUCGAACCCCGAGUACAUUCCUUCAACGCCAACGCUGAGCCGUGUAGCUCAUCGCGAUUCGUUUAUCAAGCCCUCGCAAAAAGGGCCCCUGCCCUCACUUAGACACCUUCGCCUUCUUCCCCACCCUAAGGUUCAAGAGCACGCCUACCGUUUCCCUGAUACCUCUGAAAACACGCCGAUAUGGAGGGAAAGUUUGAUGAACUGGUGCAAGAGCGAGAAUUAUCAAGACUAUCAGCAAAUCGCAAAAGAAGUGCAGCGCUGCGUUUAUUCCGACUCUGCGCCGGGGCUGAACAUUUUGGCCAACGUUGCUACCAUAACCCAGAAGAUUCCCUCGAUUUUGAAUCCUGUUGACCAGUUUCACGACCUCUCCGACUCGGCGUCCACAGAUGGUGUGGUUACGCCACCAAUGAGUCCCCGCAACGCAACAGCGGCUGGACGCAGCGGUCCACUCACAUUUACGCCCACCUUGAGCGAGAAACUCGUGCAGACCAUAAGGCAAAAACGAGCGGGCUCGCAUAGGAAGACUAACAGUUUCAAAGCCCGAGAAAUGAAAAAGUUGCUGAACAACAGGGAUGUUCUGUCUAUAGACUCAAAGGGAAAGGUUGAAAAGCCUGCACGCAAGCGCAAGACGAGCUCUCCUUCCUCUCCCCAACAGCUGGUGAUGAAAAUCAGCACUUUGUCGCCUCUCAGAACCCCACUCAGUGGAACCGCUCUUCCCAAGGGUCCUGCUAUGGGAGCCACUCCCCCCACAAGCAGAAACUCUAUUACCAGGACACCGCAGCGGUCUGUCUCACCUGUUCGCGCUGUCUCGCCUCCACGAACCCACGUAUUUGUACUAAACGAGCCAAGAACUCCGCCCAUGAGUUCCCAUACGGUGGCAAGUUCAGGCAGGAGUGGCGGCAGCCCACGGUCUGAAGCAUGUCAGACCAAAAAAACAACCUCUCCCAAACGCACCUCGAACCGGACUUGUAUAUCUUGUCUGUCCAGCGACUCCCCAUGUUGGAGGCCCUCUUGGACUAACAAGAAACAGGAUCAAUUGUGCAACUCUUGCGGUCUACGAUACAAAAAGACGCAGACAAGAUGCCUCAAUGAGACCUGCCGCAAAAUCCCAUCGAAAGGUGAACUUGCUAUAAUGAAAGCAAAUGGAAAAAUCACAAGGACCAAUAGCGACGGUACGCUUACGGAGGGCUUGGGAUGUCUAUUUUGCAAUAGCAUGGUCGAGAUUAGGGAGAAACCCUCAUGA